AUGAAGCCCCGGUUGUUGUCAGCCGAACCUCUCAGCUUCAGAUCGAUCACUCGAAAAGCUCACAGCCCAGCCAAGAUCCUACGCCCUUUAAACAUACCAACUGCUCUGUGUUCCCCGUCUAGGCUUCUACCGCGAGUAGCCGCAUCACCUCGACCUCCGUCAUCCUCGGUUCUAUACAGCACUCACGCCGCACGUCUUCCGCUUUCUAGCUUGACUAUGGCUACCGCAACCGAAAUCCACCUGUCGCCCUCGACAGACGCGGGCAUUUUUAGCUCGAAUGUCACGGAGGAUGCGGCCCGAGCCGCAAGUGAAGUCUUGCAGGAGGACAUGGAGAACCACCACGUCUUCUUUAAUGAAGAGGGGUUCCAUAAUCAUAUCCCGCACCAGAUACUGAGCAUGUACGCCGUCGGCGCAAAGCCCGAGGAUAUCAAGGCAGCCUAUAAACGGAACCAGACCUAUCAGAGACCCAGUUACCCCGUGGACAGAGAUGUCGUGAAAGGAAUGCAUGACAAGGCCAAGUUCCAGGAGGGUUUUUAUAAUGAGAAGAAUUACUCCAAUUAUUUGACCUUUUUCCAGGAGGAAAUUGACGUUAAGGGAGUCGGUGAUGUGCUUAAUGAAUAUCUCUUUGCUGGGGAUGAUCGGGCGGAGAGUAUGCUGUCUCGACUAUUUGGUGGUCUCGUUCACCCACUCAUCCACCUCGGCUUUGGAAUUGAAUUUAAUCAGCCUGCCAUUGUGGCUCAGGCACUUGCUCAGACCGCCGUUCAUGGUGAAUGGAUGGGCUCGCUUUUCUUCUUGCCUGCCGAGAAACUGGCCGGUGGAAUCGGGAAGCCCGGUAGGAAGUCUCUUCUGCAGCUGCUGAAUGAGAUUCGAGAAAACAAAGCCUUAAAGGAGAGUGUGCGAUGGUCCGACACGAACAAGAUCCGGGACGGAGUGCUGAGCCGUGCUCCGGAUGAGAUGCUAAAGAUCGCUGCCGAGUACACCGUAUCCGAGGAUCAGCUGGAAGAGCGAUUGGCAGAUAUGAUCAAUAACGUCGCUUAUUACACGGGCGCCGCACAACGCCCCGACAAAACGGUCAAAUUCGACUUUUUCUUUCUCCACUGUCUCAACUCGUCUAUUUUCUUCUCCAAAAUAAUCCACCUUCCAUUCCUGGCCCAGCGGACCAAGCUCCGUCUCCUAGAAUGGAAAGGACGUCUCGACCUAUUGCUGUACGUGUCUCGAGCCUCGCCAAAUCUGCUCUUGGAUGAGAUAACUCGCUAUCCCGUGAAGAAUGACUGGCCUGCGGUCUUCUCCGGCGCUGUGAGACACCCAGAAGAUGAUGGGCACCUGGUCAAGAUGGUGCGCGCAUUAGCAAACGGACAGAAGGAGUGUCAGCCGUACGAGAGCCAGGGUCCACAGGUGAUGCCGAUUUCAGGGAAUAUGUGGCUUCAGAUUGCGAAUAUGGCCGUCGACUCCACUGUUGGGGACUCGAUGUGGGUACGAUCCACCGGGUUCGAUGAGGCCUGGGAGGAUCUGCCGGGACGUGCCCAUCUCUGA